AUGCGCCCAGCUCUGCUGCGGCUCUUGAAGAGGCCGUCCGCUAUCUCCUUACUCAAUGAUCUGGUUUCAACCUCUUCAGCGGCAGCUGGAGGAAUUGAGCGACUUGACGAUAUCCGCUCUGGGAAAUGCGCAAAUUGUCAGAUUCGACGAUCGCAUGCGAAAUUACUACCUUAUGAGAGUUCGAGUGUCGCCUCAAGCAGCACGGAAACGAACGUGAGAUUACAGGUCUAUGAUAUUGUCGGUCUCGAGCGUCGAAAGUCGUCAAAUAUAACGGGUCGGAAAGAUGAUAACCAAUAUUCUACAGGCGGUGUGUUACCAAUAUCAUUGGACGUGGAUCAACUCGAAUACGAAUCGUCUUUUCAUACCAUAGAGAUCAAUGGCGGACGGAAGCUUGUGGACGACCCUGCGCGGAAAGACGAUUCUGAGCUAUGGAAGGAUCUUCUGCGGUAUAGGAAGCGGCGAUAUGGUUACCAGGGUGUACUUGAAAUUUGGACGGGCAUUGUGGACAGGAUCGACGAUAUCCAGCUACCCGUGGAAGGAGAAACGGCGGACUAUAUCUGGGAAACAUUUGUGGAAGCAGGAUUGGCGGAGGAACAACUUUUAUAUGACAUAACUAAAUAUUCCGAGAAAUUAUGGUCGAAUACCGAGAAGCGAUGGAAGAAACUGUACCAAACGGUUGUGGGCGGACUUUUCACAAAAGGUCUACCUGAAGAAGCUGUUGCUUGGCAUCGGAUGUUACAGGCUAUUCAUUUGACCGAGCCAAAUGAUAUCGUCUCAGUACUGGCACAGGCUGUGCCAUGUAUACCCCAGAAACCGCCAGACUGGUCUCUAUAUUCGCAUGAAACAAUCACACUUGGAAAUGGGCGAGGUGUCAGGGCAUUUGGAGAGAUAUGCUUGGCAACAAAGGGUCACCAAAUAUAUGAGACGGUCAUUCCAUUUCUGCUACAGAAAGGACUUGCGUUGGACGCUACUUAUAUGCACGAUUUUCUAGUCAAGAGAGGGGAUAUGCCACGUGAUUCUGGAACCCUACAACAAAUCCUGGAUUUUGCGACUACAGAAAGUAAUAUGUUCUCCCAGAAAGUGAAACAACGGCUCAGGAAAAUCAAGUCGGAUACUCUGAGCGAAGCUUUUUUGAACUCGCUUGCUGCUUCUGGAGAGACUGAAGUAUCCGGCAACGGUCAGCAGCAAAUGGAAGCGGACCGCCCAAAAGACGCAGACGAUUGGAUCAAGGAAAAGACGUUCAGAGAUGAGUUUGGUGCACGACUCUUCGCCACAAAGGCCCUGACAGUGGAUAUGAUAACGAAUGGACUGCAAAUGUUCGGAGUGCAGGCUAUCGGUCCACUUUCUCUACGGGAGAUCGCUCUCAGAGCAGAGGGCCCAAAGGAUAUACUUGAAAAAAUACAGGCACUUCGCAAAGCAAACAUUAUCGUACGCGAUUGUGCAUUCACAAGGCUGGUCGAGAGACUAGCACUAGAGCACAAAGACAUCAUUCUCGAGGAUCUGCUUCAUAGUGAUCAACAUCCAGAUGUCUUGGAAGAUGCCGCUGUACAGGAGAGUUUGCUGUGUUCUUACUUGAUGGCUCGAGAUUGGAGGCUCCACAAUCUAACCAAAGCAAUCCUUAACGAGGUGGCAAAAGACGAUAUGGACAAUAUUCAAUUUCGAGUGUCGUUAUCUGCAAAAGAAUGGUCGACAGCUUCGGAUGUUGUUGAUCGAAUGUACCUUGAUGCUAAACCACUGACACAGCAAAGCAUCGAUCACAUGUUCUAUGGCGUUCUGACACCGCGACUUCCGGGCCGGCUUCAACCAUACCCUGAAGACCCAAAAAUCGACGAAGUCAAGUAUGCGGAGCGGAUCCUCAAGUUAGCCUUAAGAUCCGGGACCGAAAUCGACCCUCAAUAUUGGGUUGAGUUAUUGAAACGUAUGGGCAUGAACAGACAUGAUCAAUGGGAACGAAUCCAAGACUUAUGCUUGUGGCUUGCACAGAAUUAUGUGGUGCAGGAAAACUCACCAUUUCUGCAUAGUCUGUCGAGGUCAAGUGGAGUUGAUCCCGAUACAAUCCUGGCGAAAAAUCGCAGCAUAAUUCGACGCAUCUUCAAUCCACGAAUGCAAAUGGCGCUCAUUGCAUGGGGUUUCAAAUCACCACUAUGGUAUCAAAACGCAGUACACGAGAUCCCCGAUCCAGUCGGUGGCGGUAUGGUACUCCUUUGGACUCGAGGAUUACUUCUCCUCCGAGACCUGGAACAGCUAGGCGUACCCAUAUACCCAAGCUUCGUACGUCAAGCUUGCCGAGAACGGUUACAGAUGCUUUUCGGCGAACUCUACUCCGUGAAAAGAUGGAAUCGGACUUUGCGAGACAAGAACCCAUUUAAAAUUUCGCGGAUUCUGAAUGACAUGCUCGCUAUACAUCCGACGCUUUUCUCGCAGCAGGACCGGGUUGAUUUGCAGAAGCUUGUUGAUCGGCCGUUGCAGGGUUUGGCUGCUCGGAAGAUGGAGCGGAACUAUGAAUGGUUGGAUCAGUGGCCGGGCUCUAGACAUCGGUGA